CUGUUCGUUGCUGCUCGUCUCUGCAGGCGGAGACCUCGGGCCGCACCCUUACCCGCUCUCGCUCCGCCAGUCAGGCGCGUCCUUACAAGAAACGUAGACUUCGGAAAAGCCCCCAGCGCGAGACAAUUUGUCAGAGAUUACAUUAGCGCCUUAAGCUGUCACAACUCCGGUGAUCAGUUGGUCCGUCGUUUCGUGGAGGUGACUCACGGCAGCCGGGCGCUCUGCCCUCACCCACGAGCUGCUCCCAACCUGGCGGCUGUAGCCCUCGCUGCCAUAGACGAUCACUACCGCGACAAACCAAAACCACACGUGUGUGAUGAGAGCGAAUAUGAAGUACUACUUUGUGUGAAUACGACGACUGGCUGGUGGUUGUGGGAGGCGUACUCCAACCUGUGCCGCUGUGUGAGUGCUAUGAGCUGUCCCCGCAUCUGUGCUCGUCUGUGCACUGUGCUCGAGCGAUUGUCACGGGACCCUCGCUGUGCUUGUCACGGCUGUGUGUCACCAGCUCGUGCCGCCCGACCUUCACCGCCUUCCUGGUUGAGAGCCUCCGCACCAUCUGAUCCCAUAUUGGCACUACCACAAGAACAACUCUGCAAACUCUGGGGAGAUAUGUUGAAAUCACUACUUAACUGUUGCUGCAAGAGGAAAAGCUUCUUACAAGCAAUGAGCAAACACGUUCCUGAUUUUGUGAUAGUUGCUCUCACUGAACACCCUGCGGCAUUAGAAGCUUUAUGUCUAAUGUUGGAAUGGGAGGUUGCAAGCGGCGAGCAAACCCAAUUGGAAAUAAUAGCGGCCUUACAAGGAACAGAAUUAGGACAAAAGUAUUACAAAGACUUGUGCGAACGACAACAAACCUUGCAGAGGCUGCAAUCUCAGGGCGGUCCUCGUCGCCUAGCGCUGCCUGUUCGUGCGACGGACGCUGAUGUCGCAGCGCUGCUAGAAGCUGGUGCUCUUGGAAACCUUGAAUGUCUCAGCCUCGCCUUCACAAGCGUCACUAGUGAAUGCGCACAGCACUUAAUUAAGUUGCCGUCAUUGCGUUACCUAAAUUUGUGGGCCACAAAAUUUGGGGACAGCGGCGUCCAGCUCAUAGCUGAACAUCUUCCUCGUCUUCAAGUCCUGAAUCUAUGUGAGACGCCCGUUUCUGAUAAAGGAAUCGAAGCUUUAUCCGGUCUUUCCAGUCUACGGAGGUUGAAUUUGAACAGCACCAAGUUAUCUGCUGAAGCGUUUCAAGUCCUGCGUCAGAGGUUACCACACUUGCAGGAGUACGACAUCAGGUAUACUGAGGCAUGGUGA